AUGGCACCAAUUGGAGAGGCUUACUUCCCGCCUCUCGACAGAUGCUUCAGCGGGGAGCAUCAAUUACUGUCUUGGAAGACUACUUAUGUAGCGCUUUCUCAACUGAACGGUGAAGCCGACACCGGAUCCCUCAGGCGACAUCUUUCAGACCCACAGACGGUACACCUACUCGCGCACUCGUCUUCGCCCUAUUCGGCUCCCACUUCGCAAAGCAAAUCUACCUUUGACACCAAGACCUCUUCCAUUCAUGUUCCACCCUCUGGUAAUACACGCUACGAUAUUGGACAGAUAAAAGAAGACACUCUAUGGCUCAGCAAAGAGACGAAGAUUGACGAGGUCUCGGCCUUGAGGAUAGCUGUCUUGGAAUGGCAAACAAGGCCAGCCGUGCAGCUGCUUCGAGGCAGUCUUGUUGACGAGAUCGCACCUCUGGCAAACGGGAUAGGAGGAAGCGAACUUCAAGCGUCAUUCUCUGAUGCGGCUUCGUCGCUGUUCGGCAAGUCAUCUGGGCUGCGGGCAAACGCGCCAGCUCCUUUCCACGAUGCAGGCCCGCGACGACGAAGGUUGCUGGAGACAUACUUGUCCGAGCGACGAUACAUCCUCAAAUCUAGCGAAUAUGUCACACUCGCAGCAUCCUGCAAAGCACAAAAUGGAUCCCCCAAUAAUGUCAUGAACCAGGCAUCUAGCUGGUUGGAAGAUGUAGGGACUGCAGUUAUUUCUAAUUGGAAGGGUGAUGGAUCAGCCCAAAGCAAAAGUAAGAAUUUCGUUGCUGAAGCAGUUGAGGCUUUGCGCUCCCGGAUAGAGAGCUUGAUGAGGGGAAGUGGAUGGUUGUCAGACGAAAGCCAGCAAGAAGAAAUCGAGCUUGCCUGGGCCAGAAAUCAGAUCCUAGAGAUGAUUCAUAUCAUGCAGAUCCUCCUAAUUCAGCUCGAUACAUCCUCGACGAAAUUGCUUACUCCUGACUCAAUCCUUCCCUGGUAUAGACUAAUGAACGAAUGCGGCUUCUUUAAUAGCUUGCAGCUGCCACAUCCUGCAUUACAGGGCCCCUACGACUUGCCUCUACAAUCACUCACUGCUCUUAUCUCUCUGUCUAUCCUCAACAUUCCUUUGGCACUCGAACUGCUCGACCAGUCUUUUGCUGCAGGAGUCUCAACAGGCUCAGAGGGCAGCUCUCCCUACAUCCUCAUUUCCGCCGCAGUCAACGAGCUGAACGACAUAUUUUCUGAUGCUGUUUCUCUGAAGGCGUCUAGCCCGUCCGUCCUAGCUUGGAGCAUCAUCCUGCAGAAACUAAGAGAACUUGCCCUUACUGCUCGAGAAUCAAAAGAAGUUAGACAAUCACUUCGUGCUACUGACAAGUACAACACAGCGGACUCUUCUGAUACCGAUGGCGCCGAGCGAUCAGCAGCGAGGAAUAUCACAACUUCACGGCGUCGUUCAUCCACAGGCAGCGAUUCAUCGCAGCAGUCAACUCUUCUGGAGGAGAUAUACGACUCGAUAUCAUUUACGACUGCUGAUGGAGGAGACCAAGCUGCUUUCUUGGCCACUAGUGCAGUCGAUGAGUGCAAGGUCUUCGAGGUCAUUAUAACCAUAGCUGUCGAAUAUUGCACACCUUUUGGAUUCGAACAUGAAGGCAAGCCCGGCCAGAGAAUGCGUAGCAUGCUACUUGAUCUGGUCCGAGCUUGUGUUUCUGUCGUUGCAUACCAGCCAACGUUGUUAAUGGCGACGCUCGCAUUGCUCACGGGAUCAGAGCGUUACUGGGAGACCGUAGAUCGAUCCGCAGAAUCCAAAAAAUCCGAGCCGGGUGCCAAAUUCAUGAAAGAUAUUGUGCUCAAAAUGAUGAUCUGGAAGCCGGCUUUGGUUCGAUUUCCAUACGAGACGUCACCAUUCCUACAGCUCUGUAGAGCAGUGACUUUUCUUCGUGACGGAAGAGAUCCCGAAGAGCUUCCCACAUGGAAUGAGCUCGAAGAGCUCGAUUCCUUUACUUAUCGAUUACCUGCGCACUUUGACGCAUAUGUACCCGUUCGCACACAAGAGGAUGAAGACUUUCUUCAACUAACGACGACUCUAAGCCUCGCGGUAGGUCCUGAUCUUGGCAGGUCUACAGCUCAACAUUAUGAAAAUGGCAAGGUGUUGCGCGCCAUAACAGACCUCGCUCAACCCCCCAACAUAUUCGUUCUGCCCUCCGAUACACAGGGCAGAAUUAUCUCGAACGGAAAGCCAUUUGUUGUGAUGUGGCACCAUUCCUAUUCUGCCCUGACAUAUAUGGGUCGAAUGCUUCAGUGCGCAUCCAUGGUAGACCUGCCUGCAGGCGAAUCAAUUCCUACCUUUUCAGCGGAAAUUGUUGGAGAAGUCAUCGGUCUGAUCACUGCCAUGCUCUCGUCGGCUGCAAGCAAUGGUCCGUCAGAGCAGACUUUAACGUCCUCUGCGGAGUCGGCAGAGUCAAUACUUGGAGGUGCAAGCGACGGCCUUGACAGAAACCAAGACGUCAUCUCUGUAAUCUUCGCAAUAUUCGAGAAAGAGCUGUAUAAACCUCGCAAAACCUCCGAGGACAAGGAAUCCAUCGAUCUCCUGAUCCAAUGCAUUCAAUUUACAUUCGCCCUUCUGCCGUUCAAACCUGACAGAGUCUGGCCCUUUCUUGGUAGGAGUGGCCUUCUAGGCAUAGGCAAAGAUGAAGGUCAGCUCAGCGCUGUCGUAGCGGCUCAUGAGAUGCUCUUGGGUCGCUACGACUUCUUGCUCGGAUGCAUACGCCUCUUCGAAGCGCUCAUUGAAGACGCCGUCACUCACGUUGUAUCUCGUAACGCUCCUCCAAAGGCAGUCACACGCUUCGGAGAUACCAUGUCGUUGGGAGCCGGAGUAUCUCGCGUUGCCAUGGAAAAGGUUCUUGAAAGUCUAACGCGGACAAUGAUCGAAGUCUUUGAAUCCACAAUGAAUUGGAAAUUUGUUGAACAGUCGGAACGAAUGGAGAUCAAUUCCCGUUUGUGUUCGAUCUUUCGAAAGAUAUUGGAUUACUGCUUCGAUACCAACGAUUGUCCAGAGCUUUCACAAAAGCUGAUUAGGCCGCUUGCACCAGCAGCCGAGUACAUUAUCAGCGUCUUUUUGUCCAAAUCGAAUGCCGACGUCACGGUCCUGCCUCUGUUACAUACUUUUGGGGAAGGUAUAGCGACUCCCAGUACAACUUUACCCACACGUGGCCUACAGUACUGGACCUCUCAAGUCAGAGAGGCGCUGAAAUUGACUAGCACACUGAUUCGGCUCAACAGAUUGCUGCUGCAACCACCGUCUCAUCUCGAAGACCAAAUGUUCAAGUCCGCCUCUAUACUCGCGAAGGUGUACACAGCACACGAGAGCUACAGAUUCCCUGUUGUGGAAUUGUUGGAUUCUCUUGUGCGCUCCGCAGCCGCUACCAGUCAACAGCCACCUUCACUCUUAGGCCACUUAGGUCAAGAGAAUGCGAGCCACUUCCUUGAAGUGCUCUCAAUGCUCGAUCAACCGCUCAAUGAUGAUGCUUUGUCAUCAGCCAUCUGGACACUACUUUCCGCAGUCGUAAGCAAGCGCCAGCAGUGGUUUGCCAUCUUCGUUUUGACUGGUAAUACUCCUCGAGAAUCUUUCAAAGACAAAAAGAAUUCAGCUGCUCCGAACUCGCGGCGGUCUGAGCCUAUCUUGAAUACCGCUUUGGACGGUCUUUGCAAUAUCGAGAAGGUGGAGCCGCGAAAGGCCUUGAGCAUGCUCGAAUUUGUGGCUCUCGCGGCAGACUUCUGGCCCUGGGUCUUGACAACUAUAGCUCAGCAUCCACAUUUCAUGAAAGCAAUCUCGGAAUUCGGGGCUCACAUAGGUUCGAUGACCGCGACCACCCGCAGCAAGACAUACAGGACAUCUUCAGACUACCACAGCCCACAAAUGUUAUCGUUUGUUGCAGACAUACUCACAAUGUACUCCAAUUACAAACAGCAAAUGAAUGACCAAAAAUUCCACAAGUGGAUCGUCCCACAUCUCGCGUAUCUCAUCAAGAACGCCAUCUCGCCACCAAGCUAUAGUGCGUCUCUGCAUGCAAAUCUCAAUCGAAACUUCAAAUCGAAGUUCUUUGGAUGUAGCCUUGAAGAUUUCAAAAGGACAUCUUUAAAUCGGACCCAGCUUGGCGACUCUUUCUUUUACAAUCGCGAGCUCGCAAAUAAGAUGCUAGCAUAUGACCCGGCGUGGGUAGGGAAGAAAGACGAAGGCUUCGCUGAAGAGGUUAGGAGGGCAAACUUUGACUUAUCAGUGGUGGAGGCUCAAGUAAAUCUUUUCCAUAGUUGGAAGUCCCUGCUUGUGGAACUGAGCGGACCCCUAGCUACGGAACCCAAGUUCCAGAAGAUAAUGGCAGUGGCAGUCACCAAUUGCCUCAAGGCAAACGCCGAAAAUCAAUUGCCGGAAGUCAUCUUUGAGAGGCUAGCACAAUCACGGGCAAACCUAGCCUUCACAUUGCUACAGCGACUCCUCGAAGUCAAGUCGACUGAGGUUGAGGUCAAGUCCAUACUGUCAGUGGCCUGGAAUACUCUUCGAAGACAUGACCCCAACUUGGGUUCCGCCCUGAACGGAGACGAUGCAGACUAUCAUAGGAUGCUUCUCAAGAUCCUCUACCUGGCCCUUCAGCCUCAUAUUUUAGAUGUUGGUUCGGUAGCCCCAGAAGAGCUGAAAGCGCCGACAGCUGGCGGCUCAACGGCACGAUCCCAAUCAAGGUCCAAUGUUCAAGUUGGUCUCGAAGUCCUUAGCACAAUAGUAGCCCAAGGCUUUCGUUCCUUGACUAUCAUUCUCCACGACUCACCUACGCUCGUCCAUCCUUCUGAUUUUUCCCUCAUCACAGCAAUCCUCCGCACCGUCCUCCACAUUCCCAGCCUCUCCGGCAACACCACCCACCUUAUCUCCGCCUUCUCCGACUCUCAGACAGGGCGCUGCGCGUCCACUCUUCUCAGUUGGGCAGACCAGCUCGCCACAAACGGCGACCCCAUCUACGGCGAACUUAGCAUCCUCUUCCUCCUCGAAAUGUCCAGCGUCCCAGCUCUCGCCGAGUGUCUUGCUGUGGAAGGCGUCAUAACUCAAAUCCUGUCCACGAAUCUCAUUCGCGUGCUGCAAAGCAGACCGUUCGGACCCUUCGUCCACCCAGCGCGUAUGUACGGCAUCUGGGGUCGCGGUGUACUUCCCCUCCUGCUCAACCUCCUUCACGCCGUUGGUCCACCAAUUGCACCGGAAGUCGCCGCUGCUCUCAAUCAAUUCCCAAAUCAGCUUGCGCGUGCAUCCAAUACCUUCACUAGCAGCCCUCGCACCUCCGCCAAGGAUCCGACGGGAUACAUUACGCUGGGUUUGGCGUCAGAAGCACUGACCCUUUCGUUAAUAGUUACAAUUCUCCAAACUUUCCGGGAAGCAGGCGCUAGUGCAGCUGUAAUCCCCAGUGAGAUUGAAGAGGUGAAGUGGGACAGAGUGCAGGUGAAAGAGGAGGUGGAGGGAUGGUUGCAGAGAAAAGUGGCGUUGAGAGAGAAGGUUGUGCCUUCUGAUGAGAAGGAAGAACGAUGGAGCAAGCAGAAGCCUUUAAGCGGAGCCGGAGGGAAUGAGAACAGGCUGGAAGAGAAAGUGGUCGAGGAGAUGCAGGGGGUACUGGGUAUCUUAGGAGGGAAUAGCGGUGAACAAUGA